UUUCUGGCCGAGCUGGGAGGAGGGGACGGGGUCGCGCGGGGUGGCGCGCGCCGAGCGGGGGUCCCGCCGCGCGGGGCGGAGGCGGGCGGGCGCGGGGCCCCAGCAGGCGCGGCCAGACGUGCGAGGGACGCGGCGGCGCUGCGGGCGCCCAGCGGAAAAUCUCAAAAAUGUUUCAAAUUCCUGUGGAGAAUCUUGACAACAUCAGGAAGGUACGGAAAAAGGUGAAAAGCAUUCUUGUGGACAUUGGGCUUGACAGCUGCAAGGAGCUGCUGAAGGACCUUAAAGGCUUUGACCCAGGAGAGAAGUACUUUUAUAACACAUCAUGGGGAGAUAUUUCUCUGUGGGAACCUUCUGGAAAGAAACUGAGAUACCGAACAAAACCAUACUGUUGCAGCCUCUGUAAAUACUCCACAAAAGUGCUUACUUCAUUCAAAAAUCAUUUACAUCGUUACCAUGAAGAUGAAAUUGACCAGGAGCUGGUGAUCCCUUGCCCAAACUGUGUGUUUUCCUCUCAACCCAGAGUUGUGGGAAGGCACUUCAGAAUGUUUCAUGCACCUGCUCGGAAAGUCCAGAAUUACACAGUGAAUAUUUUAGGUGAAACUAAAUCAUCUAGGAGUGAUGUGAUAAGUUUUACAUGUUUAAAAUGUAACUUUUCAAACACACUGUACUACAGCAUGAAGAAGCAUGUGCUGGUAGCACAUUUUCACUACUUAAUUAACUCCUAUUUUGGCCUGAGAACUGAGGAGGUGGGUGAGCAUCCUGGAGCUGACGACACCCUCUGUGCAGAGAAGUUGCUCGCGUCUGACAGGUAUUACUGUAAAAAGUGCAACGCCAAUGCCAGCAGCCAGGACGCUUUAAUGUAUCAUAUUUUGACAUCCGAUAUACACCGGGAUUUGGAGAAUAAGCUUAGGUCUGUCAUCUCAGAACAUAUUAAGAAGACUGGCCUUUUGAAGCAGAUGCAUAUUGCUCCCAAACCAGCUACACACGUGGCCGUACCGCCGAAUAGCAGUGCUCCGGGCAUCCCAGCCUCAUCUCCUUGCUACCACCUUGCCUUGCCGCAGAACGGCCAGAGCCAGACUGUGGUGCAGCCGGUUCAGGGUGCAGCCCCUCCGGCGACUGUGGCCGCGGGGGCUGUGGGCAGUGUCACCCACUCUCCGCCAGCCGUUGCCCAGCCUCAUGUGACUCUGGUCUCCAGUCCCCUGCCAGUGGGCCAGAGCAGCCUCACUCUGCCGCCCUCGACGCCUCAGCCUGUCUUUCUCUCUCAUGGAGUCCCACUUAAUCAGGCAGCAAAUCCUCCUGUGUUGCCCUUGAGUCAGCCGGUUGGACCUGUAAAUAAGUCUGUUGGAACCAGUGUCCUCCCCAUAAACCAGACCAUCCGCCCGGGGGUUUUGCCGCUCAGCCAGCCUGUGGGGCCCAUAAGCAGGCCAGUUGGACCUGGAGUUCUUUCGGUGAAUAGACCCGUUGGGUCUGGGGUCCUCCCUGUCAACCCCUCUGUCACCCCUGGAGUGCUUCAGGCAGUCUCGCCAGGGGUGAUUUCUGUGAGUCGGACAGUCCCUUCAGGGGUCCUUCCUGCAGGACAGGUGACCCCUGCUGGGGUCAUCCCUUCAGGACAGACAGCGACUUCUGGGGUUCUUCCUGCUGGCCAGGUGGUUCAGUCAGGGGUGCUCCCUAUCGGGCAGACGGCCCCCUCGGGAGCACUGCCCACAGGGCUGACGGUCCCACUGCGGGUGCUCCCUCCUGGCCAGGUAGUCCCACCUGGGCUCCUUCCCCCCAACCAGACAGUCUCGUCAGCCGUUCUUCCUGUGAACCAGGGCAUUAACUCUGGUGUUCUUCAGCUCAGUCAGCAGGUCAUGUCAGGAGUUCUUCCUAUGGGCCAGCCAGUGAGGCCUGGGGUCCUGCAGCUUAAUCAGUCUGUGAAUACCAACAUUCUGCCUGCAAAUCAGACCAUUAGACCCGGUGCUUCGCCAAACACCACUUUCCUGACAUCAGGCUCUAUUCUCAGACAGCUCAUACCCACAGGGAAACAAGUGAAUGGCAUUCCCACGUACACACUUGCCCCGGUGUCUGUCACUCUGCCAGUGCCCCCUGGAAGCGUCGCCACUGUUGCCCCUCCCCAGAUGCCCAUCCAGCUCCUGCAGUCGGGCACAGCUGCCCAGAUGGCCAGUUCCAUGGCUGGCAUGCCCUCCCCUCCCGUGGUGGUAAAUGCCACUCAGAGUAUGUUUGUUCAGGCCUCUUCGUCUGUGGCGGAGGCAAAUCAGGUGCUCAAACAGGCCAAGCAAUGGAAAACCUGUCCUGUUUGCAAUGAGCUCUUCCCUUCCAAUGUGUACCAGGUCCAUAUGGAAGUGGCGCAUAAGCACAGUGAAUCCAAAGCUGCUGACAAACUGGAGCCAGAGAAACUGGCGGCAUGUGCGCCAUUUUUAAAGUGGAUGAGAGAGAAGACAGUUCGAUGUCUGUCUUGUAAGUGCUUAGUUUCGGAGGAGGAGCUUAUCCAUCACUUACUGAUGCAUGGCCUGGGGUGCUUGUUCUGCCCGUGCACCUUCCACGAUAUCAGAGGCCUCUCAGAGCACAGUCGGACCAUGCACCUGGGGAAGAAGAAGCUGCCCAUGGAUUACAGUAACAAAGGUUUUCAACUGGAUAUCGAUGCCAACGGCAACCUGCUGUUUCCCCACCUUGACUUUAUUACCAUAUUGCCUAAGGAGGAGCUGGGCGAGCGGGAGGUCUACCUGGCCAUCCUGGCGGGGAUACACUCCAAGUCGCUGGUGCCCGUGUACAUCAAGGUGAGGCCCCAGGCUGAGGGUGCUUCUGGGAGGCCCGGCAAGCAGGUGUUGACCUGCCCCUUUUGCUUUGGCACGUUUGUGACAACGGAGGCAUACGAGCUGCAUCUGAAGGAGAGGCACCACAUCACGCCCACAGUCCACACGAUUCUGAAGUCUCCGGCCUUCAAGUGCAUCCACUGCUGCGGGGUCUACACUGGCAACAUGACGCUGGCAGCCAUUGCCAUCCACCUGCUGCGCUGCCGCAGCGCCCCCAAGGACAGCAGCCCUGACCUGCAGGGCCAGCCCGGCCUCCUGGAGAACAGCGAGCUGCUUUUAGUCAACGGUGAGGUGAUCCAUGAUACCAGCUUCUCAGUGAAGAGAAAGCUGCCUGAUGGUCACUCCGGGGCCGAAGACCAGAGGGAUGGCGCGGAGCCGCCCGUCGUCAUAGACGCGGACGCAGACCCGGCCCCAGAAAAGGCAGUGAGUGCUGCACCUGUUAAACGGCAGCGGAGUGAGGGCAGGACGGAGGGACCGCCCGUUAGUGACGACGCUCUUCAGAUUUUAGCAUUAAAUCCUAAAAAGUACGAAGACCGUUCUUACGAAGACAAAAAGCAGUUUCUUAGGGAUUAUUUCCACAAGAGACCAUAUCCCAGUAAAAAGGAAAUAGAGUUGUUAUCUUCACUCUUAUGGGUGUGGAAAAUUGACGUGGCUUCAUUUUUUGGAAAAAGAAGGUAUAUUUGCAUGAAAGCAAUAAAAAAUCACAAGCCUUCUGUACUUUUAGGCUUUGACAUGUCUGAACUUAAAAAUGUUAAACACAGUUUGAACUUUGAGCAUGAACCACAAAACUUGUAAAAAAAAAAAAAAAAAGGAAAUCUAAAGUAUUAGAUAAUUAGUUUUUUCAAUUGAGAUUUUUAAAAAUGUUAUUUUCUUCACUGUAUGUUGAACUAAUCAAUUUCAGUGGUCUUUAUGCUGCUCUUUAGAUUUAUUUCAGGUGCUCAGAAAGACUUCUGUAUAAAGAAGUGAGUAGUUCUUUCAAAUUUGUUUCCUGCAGUUUGAUUUUGUAAGAAUUACUUUUUGUUUUUUUCUCUGUCAUGUAAAUUAAAUCUUUUGAUAUUUCAUGCACGCCUUGUUUUCCCAGUAGUGUCACUAUCGUAUGAUAAAAACUGAAAUCUAUAUAUGUUUAUUUUUCAUUUAAGGAAAUUUCAGCUUGUUUCAGAACACUUGAUUAACUGCAAAUUAAAACUGCUCUCCCUCAGCUUCCCAAGUAGCAACAGACGAUACAGUAAAUGUUUAGAGAAGUGAGUAGCAGCCCCUGUGACAUGUCUGGUUCAUUAAGGAUGCACUGCAUUAACUUAUGCUGAUUUCUUCUUGUAAGGUAUUUGCUAAUUAGAUUAUAAUUUUGAUUUACGUUUUUUCAGUUGUUUACGUCCUAACAGUUGUUUCUGAUUGUAACUCAGAAAACCAAAUGUUUUCAUUUGUUAAAAAUAUACUGAACCUGAAGUCUGGUAUUUAAAUCAAGAAUUAUUUUACAAAUAAAGUAAUUCUGUAGGUACAAAAUACUUCUCACUGUAGACUUUUCCCCUCUUUUUGAUAUGGUGAUAAGUCUCCAUUCAAAGACAAGACAGUAAAUCUUUAGUGCCUUUAGAACAAACACUGAAAACACACACACAAGCUGACCUAACUGUGCAUAAACCAGCGAAAGGGAAGGUCAGUGUUACUCAGGAAUAAAAUGUUGACCCCUGAGUGUGGCUACUAAGAUUUAAACACAGGUUUUUAGGGAACAAGGUGAAACACAUGGACUGGAGCUAGUCUCCUGGUUGGUGUAUUAAAUCUGACAGUUUCCUGAAGGUAAAUUUAUUCAUUCUAGGAAAAUGGGCUUUCCCAUAGCCUGGUGUCCAGGUUACUGGGAUGGGCUAUUGCUAAGGAAUCAAGUGUGUUACUGUCCUUCGGCCAACGAGGCCUCAUUUUUUCCACAAAAUCUGAAAUAACUUAAAGCACCAGAAGCAGUUAUGGAGACCAGCCUGUUUGACCUUGAGCCACAGUGCUGGUGAUGCACAGCAGAGGUGCCUGUGCUGCGUUCUUGGAAGAUGCGACAGUCUCUGGGAAAUCAGAUACUGUUACCACGUGGAGUUUUAAAGUAUAAUUCUUGCAUGUCAUUGCUGUAAUGUACAUUUUUGAGGCAAUCGUGAAACUGGCGUGUGUGUGAUUGUUGGUGUGCUCUGUUGUAAAUUCAAAGAGCUUGUUCCAGUUUGUUUUUUUUACCUAUUGUUUUCAGAGUGUCUAUUUUGAAUUAAAACUUGUUAUACCACU